CUUGUUGCCCUGAGGCCUGGAAUCUGCGACCCUCUGUGGACACUGGUUGACCAGAUCUGGAGUCGAGCUUUCUCAGGAGAAUACCGGUGGCAGAGGCUGGAAGUGAAAUAAAAGCACGCUCUUGCUUCCGAGCUCAUCCCUUACUAAGGUGCAAAGCUGAGCCCGCAGCACUCCUGCAGAUUCUGCUUUUCCAAAAAGCCUGAGCAUCUUGUUGUGUUCACAUACCCUGUCACCUUUGGUCAUGGCUAGCAUCAUUGCACGUGUGGGUAACAGCCAGCGGCAGAACACACCCUUGCCACCUUGGGCCCAUUCCAUGCUGAGGUCCUUGGGGAGAAGUCUGGGUCCUUUAAUGGCCAACAUGGCACAGAGGAAUAUGAAGUUGUUCUCUGGAAGGGUGGUGCCAGCACAGGGGGAAGAAACCUUUGAGAACUGGCUGAUCCAAGUCAAUGGGAUCCUGCCAGAUUGGAAUCACUCUGAAGAGGAAAAGCUCAAGCGCUUGAUGAAAACCCUUAGGGGCCCUGCCCGGGAGGUCAUGCGUUUGCUCCAGGCGGCCAACCCCAACCUAAGUGUGGCAGAUUUUUUGCGAGCCAUGAAAUUGGUGUUUGGGGAGUCUGAAAGCAGUAUGACUGCUCAUGGUAAAUUUUUUAACACUCUGCAGGCACAAGGGGAGAAAGCCUCCCUUUAUGUGAUCCGUUUAGAGGUGCAGCUCCAGAAUGCUAUUCAGGCAGGCAUCCUGGCUGAGAAAGAUGCAAACCAGACUCGCCUGCACCAGCUCCUUUUAGGUGCUGAGCUGACUAGGGACCUGCGCUUGAGGCUCAAGGAGCUUCUCCGGAUGUACGCAAAUGAACAGGAGCGACUUCCCAGUUUCCUGGAGUUAGUCAGGAUGAUCAGGGAGGAGGAGGAUUGGGAUGACACUUUUAUUAAACGGAAGCGGCCCAGAAGAUCUGAGUCAAUGGUGGAGAGGGCAGCCAGCCCCGUGGCGUUUCAGGGCUCCCUGCCAAUAGCAAUUGACGGUGCCGACUGCAACGUGAUAGAGAUAGAUGAUACACUGGAUGACUCCGAAGAGGACGUGAUCCUGGUGGAGUCUCAGGACCCUCCGCUUUCAUCCUCUGGUGGCCCUCUCUUCAGAGGCAGGGCCAGGUCCAGGGAUCGAGUACUGCUCAUUGAUUCCCCUAAUAAUUCUGGGGCUCAGUCUCCUUCCACCAGUGGUGGUUCAAGGUAUAAGAAUGAUGCUCCUAUAGAUGUGCGUAGAGUCAGGAAGCGGAAGUACACAAUCUGCUGUUCAUACUGUGGCGAGGAGGGCCACUCAAAAGAAACCUGUGACAAUGAGAGCAGCAGCAGGGCCCAGGUUUUUGAGAAUCUGAUCAUCACCCUGCAGGAGCUGACACACACUGAAGAGGGGUCAAGAGAGGCCCCUGGUGAAUUAAGUGACCCCUCUGAGCCAUAGUAAGGUGCUAGCCCCAGCCGUAAGUGAAUCCAGCGAUAGGAAAACUGGGGUGAGAGGGUUUCUACUUGCAUGAAUUAAUACACAAAGCAACUUUCUUUUGGGAUGGGGAAGAGUUUUGAAUGCCAGCACAGUGGAGGGAGAUGACCUGACUCAUGUCCUUGUUCCCUGGCCCAGCUGCCUAAGGGUCUAUUUCCUGUGUGUGCCCAUUUCUUGAUGGCUUUAUUCUCUUUGUGAAAGUGGCAUAAUUCAAUGUGCAGUCUUCAAAUAGAGAAAAAUAUAAAAAGUAAAGUAUGAAUUCACCCCAACUCUUCAUCCUUAUAUUUCCAUUGUCAAUGCUUUCAUGAAUGUCCUUCUAGAUAUUUCUCUAUACCUAUCUAUCCAGAUAGUUAUAUGUAUAGAUAAAAGUGAUCAAAUAUAAGUGCUGUUCUAUACUCUAUAAUUUUUCACCAAACAAUAUAUGUCG